AUGGGGGUGCCGCUGCUACUCACGUGGCUGAAGCGACGCUUUGCGCCGUGCUUCCUGCCGAGCACCAGCUGCCCGGCCGCGGACUGCCUGUACAUUGACGUCAACGGGUUGGUGUACCAAUCCGCCGCCCUCGCGACUGCAAGUGAGGCGGCCGCGGCGGACAUCGACGCCGCCAUCCUGCGGAAGCUCUUCGACCUGCUCGACGACAUCGUCCUGCGCCUCGUGCGCCCACGCGCGCUGGUGUACCUGGCCGUGGACGGCAUCUCCCCUAUGGGCAAGCUCGCCCAGCAGCGUUCCAGGCGGCGGCGGCGCAGCAGCGGCGGUAGCCGCGGUGGCAGAGGCGCCGUGGAGUGGGACAGCAACAGCAUCAGCGUCGGCACCCCGUUCAUGUCGCGGCUGACGGAGGCGCUGCACUUUUACUGCGCCAGCCGCGCGGAGCGCAUCAACGGGGAGCGGCUGCGUGAUGCACUGCAGCCGGCGGCGCCGGCUCCCGUGGCACCCAUCACGUUUGUCGUGGACGACGUCUGGCGACCAGGGGAGGGGGAGAACAAAAUAGCGGAUGCCAUUCGCCGCUUCCGCUCCCAGCCGACGUACGACCCAAACACCUCUCACGUCAUCUGCAGCUCUGACACGGACGUGACGGUGUGCUCCCUGAUCCUGCAUGAGCCACGCAUCCACGUCCUCCGCUACGAGUACCCCACACCCCACUGCGGCGGCGGUGGCGGUAGUAGUAGUUGGCGGAAUCACGUGGGCGACGGUUGGGCCUCCACGUUUUUUAGCAUCCACGCCUUUCGCGAGGAGCUGCGCGCCAAACUCAGGCUGCAGACCGGCGGCAGCCACACCGUGGACGAGAUGGAGCGGAGAAACCGCCAGUUUGAGCGCGCGCUGCACGACGUGGUGUUUGUUCUGCUCUUGUUUGGGAACGACUUCCUCCCGUCGGUGGGCUGCCGCAUCGAGGAGGGCUUCCUCGACGACCUGCUGGAGCUCCUCGCCACCGACUUCAUCUCGCGGGAUCGCUCCAUCAUUGACCCGGCCACCAACACCAUCCAGGUUGACGCCGCCCGGUAUGCGUUAGACUCCCUGGCAGAGAUGCGCCGCGAGCGCGUUGGUGGUGAGGGGCUGUGCGUCGACAACGGCAAGGAGGGCGCCGCCGACUGGGGGUUUGUGGAUGAGGAAUUCCUGAGGCGGAGGCAGGCGCGGGAGGAUACGGAGCUGGCGCCCAAGUGCUACGCGUACUGGACGAUGCUGCAAUGGUCGCUGCAGAACAGUGCGGGGCUGGUGGAGCACUGGGGCUGCUACUACCCGUACAGCAGCGCCCCGCCCCUGCACCUGCUGCGGAAAUACUGCGGCAUGUUGUCGUAUGAGGCCCUCAUGGAGUUGGCGAAGAAACGCAGUCAUUUGAAGCACCGUGGCGCCACCGCCGCUGCCGGUGAGGUGGAAACUGCGGCCUCUACGUGGGGGGAUGGUCCCGCGAAUGUGCUGGUGCAGCUUCUCGUGCUGCUGCCUGCGCGGAGCACCGCGCUUCUUCCAUCGGCGAUUCGCAACGCAUACAGCGAGGUCGAACAAAUUGUGCUGGCCCCUGUGGAAAAAAUCGACUUUGCCGCCAUCUCGGCGUGGUGUGAAGCGAAGCAGGCAAUGUUCACUGAGGAGGAGCGAACGCGGUUCCGCGCCUAUGCGUUGGCUGCCACGCCCCACGUGCUUGCGACGGAGGCGCAGGGGAUGCCGAUUCAGGGGAACGAAAUGAUUUUUGUUGCCGAUUGGGAUUCAGAGGGAUUUGCGGCGGAACUGCAGCAGGCAAAGGCCGCGAGGGAGUUAGCGCCGAGAGAAGCAACAGAAACAGGGGACGGGGCGGUGAAGGGCGCAGCACCACCAACCACAAUCAGCACCCCACGAGUGUCGGUGUCCUCGUUUUUUGGCACACGCCCGGCACGCACCGCUGCAUCGGCGGCGGCAGUCGCGCUGCUCGCCGCGUCCAAAAAGUCGGGCGUCGCUCGCCCUCCGCAGAGCAGCGGGAGAGAGGCCGGCGGCGACGGGAACCGUGGCGGUGCCGCGCCUGCCGCCCCCGCGGACACUCAGCAAGAGGCACCGCGUCCCUCGGCGGCGGUUGCGCUGCGGCAGGGGCGCGGCUUCACGCUUGUCACGGCGCCGACGGCGGUGCUGGGCGACGCCGCAAUGGAGAAGAGCGUCGGCGCCAUCGCCGGCGACACAUUCGUCUGCGGCCAGCACACCAGCGCCCCGCUGUCGCGGAACCCGCAGACGAUGCGGGUCCGCCUGCGCUGGCGCGUCGCCUCCAAGCCGCUGCUAACGCUGGCGAGGUUUGUGCCGGAUCUUCUCCCGGGCUACGCCGCCCCGCCGCCGCCCCUUCCGCCACCGUCCGCCUCCCCCCAGGGCGCAACCGCGGCCAGUGCAAAGCGCCCGCGAUCCGCGGAGGCCGCCGGCUCGGGCGGCAGCAGCGGCGAUGACGGCGACGAUGCUGAAAGAGCAGGCGAGGAUGAAAAAGAAGACGGGGGCGUGGCCGCCCGCAACGUCAUGUCAGAACUGGAGAAAAAGAAGGAGGACGUGCGGCGUCGUCUAGCGGCCUUGCAGGCACGGGAUGUGGCGCGUGAGUAG